UGCGGGAUGGAGGCGGCGCGGCGGCCGCUGCCGGUGCUGCUGCCGCUGCUGGUGGCGGCGCUGGGCGCGGCGGGGCGCGGCGGCCCCGGGCCCGUCACCUGCGGCUCCGUGGUGAAGCUGCUCAACGUGCGGCACAACGUGCGGCUGCACUCGCACGAUGUGCGCUACGGCUCCGGCAGCGGGCAGCAGUCGGUGACCGGGGUGUCGGCGGCGGAUGAUGGGAAUAGCUACUGGCGGGUGCGGGGCCGCACGGCCGCCGUGUGCCAGCGGGGCACGCCGGUGCGCUGCGGGCAGGCCAUCCGCCUCACGCACCUGGGCACCGGCCGCAACCUGCACAGCCACCGCUUCACCUCGCCGCUCUCCGGGAACCAGGAGGUGAGUGCGUUCGGGGAGGCCGGUGAAGGUGACUACCUGGACGACUGGACAGUGGUGUGCAGUGGGACCUACUGGGUGCGGGACGACGAGGUGCGCUUCCAGCACACCUCCACCGACGUCUUCCUCUCAGUGACCGGGGAGCAGUACGGGCGGCCCAUCCACGGGCAGAAGGAGGUGCACGGCAUGGCCGCCUCCAGCCAGAAUAACUACUGGAAGGUGAUGGAGGGAAUCUUCAUGCAGCCCAGUGAGGCCUUCCAAACGGAGCAGUACCACGCUGAGUUAUGAGGGACAGACAGACUGACGCUGAGCCUCUGGGUGCUGCCCUGCUGUGUUUGGGACUGCUGAGCCCAGGGGAUGGCUCCUGUCCCCACCCCGGGACUGACACACACCACUGACACAGGGCCCCAGAACAAAGCAGAUCCCAAUGUCCUGAAUUCAAUGUGUGAAUUCUGUUGUUCAAAAUCUGACACUAAACAGGUCCCAGCGUCCAGACCUGACCCAAAGCAGCUCCCAACAUACUAAACCCUCUAGAAAGCAGAUCCCGGUGUCCAAACCUGACCUACAACAGAGCCCAACAUCCUAGAUCAGCACAAAGCAGGUCUGAACAUCCCAAGUUAGCACAAAGCCAAGCCCAACAUCCAGACAUGAUCCACAACAAAUUCCAAAACUCCCACCCUGUCCCUUUGCAGCCCGUUCUGUCCAAGGACCCACCUCUUCAAGGACUGCUGUCCCUGGGAGCUGUGUACCCCUUGCUGUACCCUAAACUCUUUGUGCCCUGCAAGGACCUGGGGCCAUAAAAGUGCUGAACUCUG